AUGUCUUCGCAGGACGCCGCUGUCAGGCACCAGGCUGUUGUGCCGGACAAGAUCCCCACUGGAGAGUAUCCUCUCAUCGACAAUGACCCACACUUUAAUCGAGUCAUGCGGUAUACCCGCCCUUCGGACUGGGCCUACGGUGCCGCGCUCGGAGCCUUGAGCCCUGGACUGAUGCUAUACUGGGAGAAGGUCUCGCCCUCCAUGGUCGGCAAGGGCGGUUUCGCUCCCAUUAUGCGAUUGAGCGGUGCCGUCGGUGUUAGCGGAGCCUUCCUUUUCGCCUACUCGAGGUCAUGCAUGCGCUUCUACGGCGCCCGUGAAAACCGCCGCGAAGUCGAAAUGGACAUGCGGGAAAUGGUCGACAAGGUCAAGAAGGGCGAGCCUCUGUACGGAACCACCGAGAUGACCGAGUACAUGCAGGGUGUUGCACACAGGAACUCGCGUUAUGCUGCCACAUUUGCACAUGUUCUUACAUGGCCAAACUUUGUCAACCAUCCUUACCACGGUGUGGACACGGCCAAGUACUACCGCCAGGCCGAGUUGGAGCUGGAGCAGGAGAGAGGUCAGGGCCGCACGACUGAAGAGCAAGGCACUCAACAUGACGCACAAACCGAGGUUCCACAGCAAGAGAAGGUUAAAGAGCUCAGACCCCUCACACGUCAACUCAACGCCUACCUUGGUGUAGAGAAUAUGAACAAAGCCAAGGAAAUGAGCAAGCUCACUCGUAAGCUAGGCUAUGAGCUCAACCAGAUCUAUGGUCGCCAGCGUAUCCUCAAUAGAUGGUUGAAAGGCCCAUACAGAGUGCGAAUUGGAACUCAGCCCUCCUACAACACUCCUCGCCCCGAGAUCCAUGAGAAUAAGCUCUUCGUCGGCGAGACCCCGAUCCCGAAUAUCUGGUUGCGGGAUAACUGCCAAUGCGGAACUUGUAUGCACAACGCCACCAAGCAACGACUUCUCGAUACGUUUUCUAUUCCCAAAGAUAUUACAAUCAAGUCACACUCUGUCGAGGGUAGCGGAGAGCAUAAAGCUUUCAGAAUUGAAUGGAGCGAUGGGCAUGAAAGCAAAUACCCACGUAAUUUCCUAGCCCAAAUCACCUCCAACGAAGACUACAAGGCCAUCCAGCGCCAGGGUCUGGUACCAAUCGAACUCUGGGACUCAUCAAUCGCCUCGAACCCACCAAAAGUCCCAAACCAUAUCGUAAUGAGAAAAGACACCAUCCGCCUCCUGAAAAACUUACGCAAAUGGGGCUUCUGCUACGUCGACGAAACACCCUUUGAAGACCCCAACGACACAAAGGAACUUCUAGAACGCAUCUCCUUCAUACGGGAAACGCACUAUGGCGGUUUUUACGACUUUACAGCCGACCUAGCAUCAAAGGAUACAGCAUAUACCAACAUCGCCCUAGAAGCCCACACAGAUACAACUUACUUCUCCGACCCAGCGGGCCUGCAAGCCUUCCACCUACUCUCGCAUACCGACGGGGAAGGCGGCGCAUCCCUGCUUGUCGACGGCUUCAAAGCAGCUGAAGAGUUGAACCAAACAGAUCGUAAAGCGUAUGAGAUUCUAUCCACGGUGAACGUCCACACCCACGCGUCAGGCAACGAGGGUAUAUCAAUCCAGCCCUACCGCGGCUUUCCCGUUCUGGAACACGACUCUGCUACAGGGGAUCUACUGCGUGUAAGGUGGAAUUCUUCCGAUAGAGCCUCGAUCGAAUUACCUAUAGAUCAGGUCGAAACGUGGUAUGAUGCAGCCCGCAAAUUCGACGCGAUUCUCAAGAAGAAGGAGAAUGAGUAUUGGGAACAGCUUGUACCUGGGAGGGUUUUGAUCUUUGAUAACUGGCGAGUGCUACAUGGCCGAAGUAGCUUUACGGGGAAGAGGAGGAUUUGUGGUGGGUAUGUUAAUAGAGAUGAUUGGAUUAGCAAGUUUAAGAUGCAGGAAUUUGGGCAGGAGAACGUGUUGAAGGGGUUGGCUCUGAACUAG